CUUGCAUCGUUUAUCUAAGGUUUUUUUUUUACUGAUGGUUGUCGUUGUUGUGGUUGUGCAAAUGGAUUUUUGUGAAUAAAUAAAAUUACGUAGAACGUAGUUAUGUGUUGAUGAAUUUAGUCAAUAGUAUUAAAUUUUACUCCAUAGUUAAUAUUUUGACGAUAUCAUUUCAUCUGUAAUUUCGCAAUAUUCAGCGAUGAGUUCCUCCCACAACACGGAAUCAUCGAAUGGUGAAAAUGUUAAAGAAAACGAAAUAAAUUCUUUAGAAAACAAUGAAAAUCGUGUAGAAGCAGAUAACUGCGCGGCAAACACAGCAGAAGUACAGUCCACGUCGAAUGUUGAACCAUUUCAGCAGCAUACUGAAGUUGCGGAAGAAUCAACAUCUAGCUGUUCUUCUCCUACUGGAGAAGAAAAUAAUCCUACGUCGCAGUCCACUGAUUGUUGUGUGCCCAUACCGGAAUCAGCAGCCUGCGUGCAUGGAAAUGCCCGGAGAAUGAUCGGACUCAUCCAAGCUAAAGGAUGUGUCCAUGGAAUUUUGAAACCUGAAGAAUUUAAUUUGCGCCCUUCUCGGCACUCCAUUGGGCGAAACGGACUCGGAGAUGUCACGCUGAACCUCACCGAAUUUUUAUCCUACGCCCAACGGAAUAAUUACGAUAUUGUAAUUCCUGCUUCUCGAGAAGUGGGCAACCUUAAUCGCCCUGCUAGUGCUGGUUUACCACGUAUAGGUUCGGGCAGAGGAUAUAUGGUAUUAGAGCAACAGCAUUUUCCUCAAGAUUUCAAUGCUACGACUUCAUAUCAUCCUCCAGAAUUUAUCGGUCUGAAUAACGCUCCUUCCAGAAAUUCCGUUUUGGCUCCUAAUAUGUAUCACGCUGUUGAAGAGAUUCAACCUCCUGCAGUUGAUUUCAGCGCACCACCUCCAUACGAAAUGCCUCUAAAAUUACCAACUUAUGAAGAAGUUCAACGAGAAAAGGCUCUCGAAGGAGAAAUGCUCCCACCAAAUAUGGAUACUCAAAAUCCUGACCCUGCGUCUCCACGUACUCUAUCAUUUUUAGCGAUAGAUACUGAUAUGGGUCCAAAUCCAGAUCCUGAAUCUAAAUUAUUAGGUACUGAUUUCAUGUUCGGAGUUGCGUUCUUUCUCGCAUUGGUUUUCAAUUGGGUUGGAUUUUUAUUACUGAUGUGUUUUUGUCAUACCGUGGCUGCUCGUUACGGCGCUCUUUCUGGAUUUGGAUUGUCGUUGGCUAAAUGGACUAUUAUUGUUAAAAAUUCCACAGAAUCUCCUCCUCACAAUGCGUGGCUUUGGUGGUUAAUUACAGCUUUUGGAUUAUUGAUUUGUAUACGUUCUUUAUUCCAAUAUAUCAAUAUCAAGCGCGGUUGGCGUUUAAUGUCAACGGCUACUCAAGAACGGUUACUAUUUUUCUACUAAAAUUUAGUUUAUUCAAUAGGUACCCAUGCUUUCUUUUUAAAUGUUAAAGCAUUUAUUUGUAUGUACUUCGUUCCGCGUGUGCUUCUACAUAUGUAUUUAAUACUUGCUUCGAAGUACAUGAAACGCGUAUCCUUGAAUAUCACCUUGCUUCACAUUAAGUUCAAUUCUAAAAAAAACUGAUACAGAUUGAAAUUUGUGUUACGUGAAAAAUUAGAUCAUUCUUGCACUAGAAAAAAAAACGAACGGAUCUUAUUUUAUUUAAUGUGUGGAUUUUAAAUUCAUGUAAAAAUGUUUUUAAUUAUUGGCUGUGUUACAUCAUGUUGAAGAGAAAGCCUAUUUCUACUGUAUGGUGUAGUUUUAAAUUGAAAAUUUAAUUGUUAUUUUUAGUGUUAUUUCAUCUGCUAAAAAUAUUCUAAUGCUGUAAAAUAGUACCAGAUUUGGAAACAGAAAUCGUCCGAGUAUGUUUCGUGAAUAAAUGCAAAAUGUAGUAACUUCGAUUUAGAUAAGAAAAUUACGUUUGAAGUUUCUGUAAUUUUUUCCCCAAAGCACAAACCAGUUACUACAUUUUAUAUGUACUAUACGUCUUAUUCUCGUAUUUCUGGUACUUAAUUUUAUAUGUACGUUUUAAGAUUACAGUUAUUUUAAGUUUACAUAUUUCCUCGUUACCAUAUUUUCUUCUGUUCCUUUUCUAUCACUAACGAGACUGAUAUUUCAACUGAAGCUUUGUUGGUCAAUUUUUCUCGACCUAUCAGAAAUGUUUUCACGAAGAAAUGUCGCGUAUAUUCGUACCCUCAUAUAAAAAUAGCGUCUUCUGGAUUAAUUUUUUCUACUGUUAGAUUUUUAUUUGAAUGUGGUAUUACCACUUCGAAAGUAAUUUUCGAUAAUGAUUACUAAAGAUUGUUAUGCUGCAAAAUCAGUUAGUAAGCAUCUCAUUCCAAGUUGGAAAGUUUCAGUUGGAGUAACCGAUAUUUUAAUUCUCAUACAAAUAAGUUGAUAUAUUUUUUUGUUGCGUUUUAAAUUACUAUAUCACAUUCUAUGUAUGUAAAUUAUUUUUGUUUUUCAACUUGUUUUCUUCGCAGUUUUAUGGUUACCGCGAGGGAAUGGUAUGGUUGUACUUAUGAUUUUAAUUUUGAGAGUUGCAUUUACCUGCACGGAUUUUUUGCUACGUGCAUUGCAUGAAAAGGAGUUUUAUUUAUUUUUUUUCAAGUAAAUUAUAAGAAAUUAAAUUUGUCGUAUUUUUCAAA